GGCGGCCUGGGAGGCGCGCGCCGGCGACGUCACAUGGGUGGGUGCGUGCGCACGCUGUCCUCUCCACGAUUUGAUUCUGGAGCACAACAAGACAGGGAAGGGGGGGGGGAGCGCGCCCAUGGCUUCGCUCGGUGACUGAUUGACGGACUGACUGGGACGGAGACAGGCCCCGGAUGGCGGGAAGCGCCGAGGAAGACUCCGAACAAGUAUGACCAACAUGAAAGAAAAUCAAUUCGCACUGUGAAUAUGGAGAAUUUUGUAGAAAUUUCAUCACUUCCCAAAACUGGGAAGCAAUCAAUCAGAUUAGGAAACCAGAAUGGUGGAACAGUUCCAGGUGCUGCACCUGCUCUUUAUGUCCUUGUAAAACAAAGUACAGGAAAAUCUGACCAGGGAAAUUCGGUUUCAAAUCAAGAUGACUGUGGUCUUCCCAGUAGUGCAGCACAACCAGUGUCUAAAGCAAAGAAAUACCUUCCAGCUGAGUGCACCUCAGGAAACGUUACCGUUACCUUGGACAACAGCAAUAUGUGGAAUGAGUUUUACCAUCGUAACACUGAAAUGGUGCUGACUAAACAGGGAAGACGAAUGUUUCCGUAUUGUCGAUACUGGGUAAGAGGUCUGGAAUCCAAUUUGAAGUAUAUCCUGGUAAUGGAUAUUUCUCCAGUUGACAAUUUUCGCUAUAAGUGGAAUGGCAAUAAUUGGGAGCCCAGUGGGAAAGCAGAACCUCAUGUCCUAGGAAGAGUUUUUAUUCACCCAGAAUCCCCUUCUACAGGAUAUUAUUGGAUGCGCCAACCUGUUUCUUUCUACAAACUGAAAGUAACUAAUAAUACCUUGGACCAGGAAGGCCAUAUCAUUCUACACUCUAUGCACCGCUAUCUACCUCGGUUACACCUUGUGCCUGCUGAACAAGCCACAGAAGUAAUCCAGCUGAAUGGUCCUGAUGUCCAUACUUUCACUUUUCCACAGACAGAGUUUUUUGCUGUGACUGCCUACCAAAACAUCCAAAUUACACAACUAAAAAUAGACUAUAACCCAUUUGCCAAAGGAUUUAGAGAUGAUGGCCUGAGCAGUAGACUUCAGCGUGAUACAAAGCAAAACGAUAGAUCAGAACAGGAAGGAAGUAGUUUAACUAAUUCUCCCAGCAAUUAUAAACAUCCCAAUGAAGGUGAUAUUUUGGAUCCAGAGCAGCAAGGUCUAGAUACAUCAUUUCAUGAUAUGUAUAACCCUGAUUUGGAGAGAGAUUCACUCAGCCCAUAUCAUGAUUCCCUGGGUUUUAUGGAGACAGACAUCCAUGGAUGUGAUAUCCCAUCAUUAAAGCAGGAGGCAUCUGAAAGUCCAAUAGCUAGCCCUUGUGAAAACAUCACUUGUGUGGCAUCCCUCUUACAGUCAAAUGGAGACAUUAGUGCUGUGGUUAAGGAGGAACCAGAAGAUGACUAUGAUUAUGGACCAAAUGUUUCUGUGGAAGGGAUAAGUGUGAAGCAGGAAGACGAAGAUGAUAUAUCAGAGGACUAUCUCAACAGCAGUGAUUCUUUGCUAGAGCAGCAGCUGAAGAAACACAAACAGGAAACUGAAUCCCAUAAGCGACCCCAUGAUAGUCAGUUGGGUGUUGCCAGAGCAAAAAUGUCAAAGUUGGAUAGUGGGAAGAUGCCUGUAGUGUACUUAGAACCCUGUGCAGUCACUAGAGACACAGUAAAAGUCUCCACUCUUUCACCAGUCAUUGUGUCAUCUAAGAGUGAACAGUCUUCUUUGAGCAAUUCAGUGGAAUCCUUUUCUACUUGUUUUGAAAAUAGUUUUAUCACCAAUCAGUUUUCAGCUAUGAAAGCAAGGGAAAUAACAACUGGAAAACAGAUAUCUGGAGAUAACGUGUUGCAAAGAUGUUCUUUAGUAGGAGAUAUGCUCUGGGAAAAUACUGAAACUUCAAGCAGUUUUGCCGAAGCAAGUAAGGUGCCUAAUUGUAAUAUAAAGACAUCUUCAUAUAGUGACCCUUUGUUAGCAAAAGUUAAGUCCACUGGAGAAAAGAUAAAUGCAAUAGAGAAUAUUUCCUGCAAGAAUAUUACUGGUAACAAAAACCUUGAGUUGCCUGCCCCACGCAAAAGAGGAAGACCCCGGAAAAUAAAGCACCUACGAGUUGGAAGACCACCUAAAUGCACUGGAAGGUUGAUCACAACUGGUUAUGCUUCUUUUGGACCUGAUGGCAAUCAUUUGAAUGUUAAUCCCGAUCUUGUGGAUGUGGAUGGAGUACUCUUUGUAUCCUUUGCAUCCAAGGAGGCUCUCGAUAUCCACAGUGUGAAAAGAGCUGAAGAAAAACAAUUGAAAAAUGGGCAGACUGCUUCACUGACUUCAUGUGAUCAGUGUGUUGAUCCAGGCAACAGUGAGGCUUAUGUUGGUGGUCAAAUGAUACAACAGCUGGAAAAAGAAUUAUUGGAAGAUUUGAAGUCUUUAAAGUACAGACAGGUGAUACAUCCUAGCCUUCGAGAAGUGGGGCUAAAGCUGAAUUUUGUGGACCCAGCAAUGAGCAUUGAUCUAAAAUAUUUGGGUGUGCAGCUACCAUUGAGUUAUUCAGAUGACUAUACUUCCUGGAAGAAUUUGAGAGACAGUUCAACUUCUUCUGAUGCUGGGCUUCCUUUUGUUUCCAGGACUGGCAAGACAAAUGAUUUCACAAAAAUUAAGGGGUGGCGUGGAAAGUUACAUAGUUCUUCAAAAUCUGAAGGUAUCCUAAUAGAAGGCUCCUUGAAGAACCGGUCUGCCUUUUGCAGUGAUAAACUUGAUGAGUACUUAGAAAAUGAAGGGAAGUUGUUGGAAACAAGCAUGGGUUUAUCACCAGGAACUUCCAGUUCUCCUGUGGUUUAUCAGCUUCCAACUAAAAGUACUAGUUAUGUCAGAACAUUAGAUAGUGUUCUGAAAAAGCAAUCCACAGUUACUACUUCUAGCUCUUGUACUCUCACAUCUCUUUCUGUGCCUUAUGUCAGCAAAAAGAAGCGACAAAAAUUAAAAAACAGAAAAAACACUGUGCCUAGAAGCAAAGAAAAGUCGCCUGCAAAAUCUGUAAUCUCUGUAGGAAAGGAAAAAGGUAACAUAUCCAACUUGGAAGAGAAAGUCACCAAAACCCAGCCCAGUAGACAAGGAGUAAAUGAAAUAGAACCCCACAUAGUGCCAACCACAGAAGAAAGCAUGCAGGUGAAACACAUCACUGUGCAUCAACCACUUCAGAGUAGUCGUUUGCCAAGUUUAUCCAAAACGCAGUUGAAGCUGAUGGAUUUGGAGGAUUGUGCAUUGUGGGAUGGUAAGCCACGGACCUAUAUUACUGAAGAACGAGCAGACUUAUCUUUGACAACAUUGCUCACUGCUCAGGCAUCACUAAAGAACAAGCCUAUCCAUAAAAUAAUGAAAAGACGAGCCCCACCAUGCAACAAUGACUUUUGCCGGCUUGGAUGUAUCUGUUCUAGUUUAUCUCUUGAGAAGCGUCAGCCUGCACACUGCCGCAAGCCAGACUGUAUGUUUGGUUGCACUUGCCUAAAGAGAAAGGUGGUCUUAGUUAAAGGAAGCUCCAAGAAGAAAAAGAUUCUGGAGAAGCCUCUGCAGGGAAGGCAUAUGUUGCCUUGUGGAAAAAAGGUUGACCAGCAAGAGCAGGACAUUGAAAAAGAGAAGGAAGAAGAAAAAAUGAAUGGAAAAGAUAAGAAGAAAGAAAACAUGCAAUAUACUUUCUGUGAUAGAGAGCCAGAGAAGACUGUUAAGAAAAACUUUCCAUUGUGGGUAAAAGUAGAUGGAGAAUUGGACCCUGAACCAGUUUAUAUUCCAACACCAUCAGCUGUAGAGUCAACAAAACCUGUGACACCACCGAGUCUAGAGGUCUUACCAUCUGAUGACAAACCUCCAGCCAAUGAAGUCAAGCUUGUAACUGGAGGACUCAAGUCAUCACGCGUGUACACACCUAGACCCAAUCCUGUGAUUCGAGAGGAAGAUAAGGAUCCUGUUUAUUUAUAUUUUGAAAGCAUGAUGACUUGUGCUCGCAUUCGAGUAUAUACACGCAAGGUGCAGGAGAAAAGGCAGCACCAAAAGUGUCCUCCAAGUUCUGAGGAACACAUUGAAAAGGAGCAUCAUCCUGAGGUUCAGCCCACCAAAAUAGAAAAGGAUAAAGAGCCUGGAGCUAGAGCUCCUGCCUUGAACUUAGCUUCGAAGUCCUUAGGAACCUCAAGUCCCGGAGUGAAGAACAGUGGGCUUUCCUGUGGUGCUGACAAUACAUCCACUUCUUAUGUACACCAUACCACUCCAGAUGGAAUAACCAAGCUGGUUGAGAUUAUUUCUGACUGCAAAUGGGAAGAGGAUCGCAAUGAGAUCUUGAAUAUCUUAUCAGAACAUAUGAAGAAUAAGCUGCCAAAAUCCCUCGAAGUAGGAAAUUUUGUUAUUGAUUUAGAAGCUGAAAGCAAAACCUGUGAUGAGAAAAACAUUCCCAUUUAUUCUUCCCGGGUGAAAAUCUCCAUGCUGUCCUCCAAAAACAAGAGUGAAAAGGCCCAAAUUGCUGUUUCUGAGCCUUCUGAUAAUAAUUCGUCAACAUGCAAAAAGACAGAAAAGAAAAUACCGUUAACACCUGCCAUGUUACGGGAACAGAGAAAAAAAGGUUUACCUUUUUACGCAAGCCUUUCUCCUGCAGGAAAACUGCUUGCUUACCCACGCAAAUCAGGUUGGAGCCGUACAACUUUAGUUCAGGUUAAUGGUAAAAACUAUCCUCAGGCCAGACUGCUUUUGGGACAAAUGGGAGCACUGCAUCCAGCUAGUCGACUAGCUGCUUAUCUCACAGGCAGGUUGCGCCCAGCGAUGCUUGAUCUCUCAACAAUCAGUACAGUCGUAUCCAAAGUGGCCUCCAGUACAAAAGUGUCUGCUCCUGAGUCAAAGACAGCUGAGGUGCCCACAUCAGAAACUUCAAAAAUAAUGCUUUUAGAUAACACUGGAUUGAAUUCUACAGUAACAUCACCAAACACUCAUGCCUCAACGCAGAGACAAAUAGUUUCAUCGACAACUGGAUCCAUAGCCACAGUCUCUACGCCAACUUCACCAAGUGGCUCUGUUGGUUCUACGUCCUCAGGAAUUCACAGAAGUCCAUUAUCAAAUGAAAAAUCAGGCAAUUUGAGCCCACCAAGUUUCUCUCCUGGAGGAGAGAAACGUAUGGGACCACGGCUACUUCUGAUUCCAGUAAACCCAGGUUCUUCUACUUUGCGACCUCAAAAUAUGCAGCUUGGUCAAGGGAAGAAAAUGAUUUUGCAGCCUAUAAGGAAUCCUGGAGGCACUAAUCUCUACCGACAUCCCAACGGCCAGAUUAUCCAGCUUGUUCCCUUGCAUCAGCUUCAAACUACAGGAUCCCAGCCCAAUUUAUCACCUGUAAUGUUCCGUAACUCAGGAUCUGUUGUGGGAAUCAGGUUGCCCACACCCACUAAGCCACCUGAAACAUCUGUGUGUCCAUCCCCUUCUGAUUCAGUUGUAACUCCAACUACCACAACUGCUCCAGUUUUGUCUGCGAUUCCCACUUUUUCUGAACUCAAAACUACAGAGACCACUUCUCUUUUGCCUGGAACCUUAACCAACACACCCACUUCACCAUUACCCAGUACAACUUCCACUGAAGAUCCUUCAUCAUGUCUGUCCCCUGCUGUUGUUUCCACACCUCCUACCAUUGAAGCUGCUUCACUUUUAUCCAUGCCCAGUACUUCUGAUACAUUCUCAUUGUCUAUAUCCUCUCCACCUACAGUUGUUGCUUCUACAGCUGAAGGCCUUUCAGUUGUGUCUUCACCCCCAAGCAGUAGUGCACCUGAACCACCUCCCAUUGUAUCUACAUCUUCUCCAACUGAGGCCCUUUCUGCUCUGUCCAAGCCGCCUACAACUGAGAGCUUUACAGCAUUAUCUGCAUCUAGUACUACUGCUUCUCCUUUAAUUCUGCCCACCACUGAUGCGCCCACCACUGAUGCGCACUCUGUCUUGCCCGAGUCUACCACCACUGAGGGAUCUUCAGUUUCACCUGUGUUCCCUACUUCUCAGGACCCAUCUACUUUGCCUGAGUCUGCUGCAACUGAGGAAAUGGGUGUGCCUCCUGUGGCUGAUGUUCCUGUGGUGUUAGCUGUGUCAUCUUCUGCCACACCUGUUCUCUGUAACACUGAGGCCCUUUCUAGUUUAUCAGCAUCUACCAAAAACUGUACAUUGAAGGCUACUACUUCUGUACCUGUAUGUUCUGUUUCAGCUACCCAAACAGCACCUGCCAUUUCAUCAGUAUUUGUUCCUGGAACUCUGACUUUGAGAAUUUCUCCUUCGGGAAUAAAAAGUAUUCCUAUUCAGAUGAGUCCAGAUUCUAAAAUAAAAUGUAGCUGUAGUGGGCAACCAAGCACUGCAGAUAAUCUGUCUCUUCAAUCUGACAGUUUUGCCUUACUUCAGUUUCCAGGGAAGAAACAAGUUGUCCACACUGAGAUUAAGAAUGAUACAUUCAGUACUGUUAAACUAGAUGAAAAUGUAACAUGUUCACAAGUUAAAGGAACUGUGGAGUCAAAAGAAAAUAAGCGGGUAGCCAGUCAACCAGAGUCUUGUUCUAAAUAUGUUAAAUGUGACCAGAAUGGUGCUAUCGUACAAAGAGCCAACACAUAUGCAGAAAUCAAUCUACAGUUAUCAAAGGAUGCUGCUGUAUCAUCAGAUCCUACCUAUGUGUGUGAGAACAAAAUGUAUGAGGAAAAAGAAGUGACCAUUAAAAGCAAGCAUGUUAAAUAUCCCGAAGAUACUGAAGACAAAGUUUCACAUAGUUUUGAGACUGGGCCCGAGUGUGGCAGUCAGACUGCCAUGAAUUCUACAAAGAAGAUUAAAACUUUUAUGUGUGGAACUCAAGGUCUGGUACAACUACAGAGAAACAUGAAGGAAAAGGAUAAUUAUGUAAUAGUGGAGAAGAAAAGAGAAGAACAGAGAGAGAGGCCUAGCGUCAAUAUUGUUAAAGGUCAUGAUAAUACAUCAGCAAACAAAAACUUGGAUAACCAUCAGAAAUUUUUAUCUAAAAGAAAUACUGGUUCUCAAGAGAGUGAUAACACUACUGGGCAUAAUCAAGAAGAAAGCCAAACAACUAAACUUAUUCAAAUAAGCAACAUAUCUAGGCAGUUGGUUGCUUUGGAAAACAAAACUAAUAUGGAUGCCAAUAAGAAUGCUAAAUACCUUCGACAGAAUACUCUAGAAACCAGCUACCACCGAAAGGUUUCUUCACCCAUUAUUGAUAUUACCACGGAUGAUUCAGAAAAAGAUGAAAAAACAGAUGAUUCAGCAGAUGAGAUGGCUGAUGAAGUAUCUGGUUAUCAGAGUGAAGAUGUGAAUGUUGAAACAAUGGAUGAAAGUGAAUCCAGUGGAGUUGAGGAGAAUGUGGACAUUGAGACUGUAGAAGAACUUAAAGAGAAAUUUAAUAUAGCUCGCCUGAAAUCUAUAGCUGCGCAUGUUGCACAGUCCAAGCAAUUGCACCUUGUUCGUGACUCUUCUGCUCAAACGACUGCCUCAGCUGCUAAGCUGUCUGAGUCCUCAAACAAAAAGCCAAAGAAUACAGAAAAGGUCUUUUCUUCCUACCGCCAAACACACACAGCAAAUGAACGACGCCGUCGGAAGGAAAUGAGGGGGCUCUUUGAAAAUUUGAAGGAAACUUUGGGAUUACAGUCUUUCCCCAAAGUGUCCAAAUGCUUCCUCCUCAAACAAGCCUUUGAUGAAAUCCAGGGACUAACAGAUCAGGCAGAUAAACUAAAAGGUCAGAAAAACCUAUUGAUGCGCAAGCAAGAGACCUUGAUUCGUAAAGUUUCUACACUUUCAGGCAAGACCCAGGAAGUAGUCUUGAAGAAGCUAGAAUACAUUUAUGCCAAACAGAAAGCGGUAGAACAAAAAACGAAGCAAAAUAAGCAAGAAAAGCCUACAGCAACUUGCGAAACUACUGAAACUGCUAAACCUUCUGUGGAAGACAGUUCUUCUUCUCCAGAUAAAGACAUGAAACCGGUGAUUGUUUCAACCAGGCGUACAAAACCACUGAUUCUUUCCAGGAAAGGAAGUUAUGUCACAGGAGAUGCAUCUUCUCAUGUGACUUUAACAAAUGCAAGUCUAGUAAUGACUGCAACUGGCCAGGUUCUUGCCUUAAAGAGUCCCUUAGUGUCCGGACAGUUUGCUUCCUUCCCCCUGCAAACUGAACUCAAGUCGGAAAUUGAUAGCGCUAAUGGGACAACACAGCCAGGUGUUGCUUCUGUGAUGAUUCAGUUGCCAAGCUCAGCAGUACCAGUGCAAGUGAAAGGCAUCUUCCCUGCUGCUACACUUCCUAUUGCACUGUCUUCUGUGGCUGGUAACAAUGCCACUGCAGUUGCCCAGAAAACUCCAGAGCUUACAUCAGAAAAUGAAGAUUCUUUCAUGAUGCCCCGGAUAGUAAAUGUGACAUCCCUUGCUACCAAAGAAGAUGCAAGUUUAAACCCGGAUAUAAAGAAGAAUUCCCGUGUUACACUGCAGGCUGAUUCUCGGGAAUCAGAACCUUCCUUUCAAGUAGUAUCACAGGUAACAACCAAAUUUCUCUCUGAAGAAAAACGCCAAGCUUCUUCUGGAAAAGGGCAAAAUGCCACUCGAACAGCACAAGAUUUUCUUGGGAGAAAAGGUAGUUUUCCUCAAAUAGUCAGUGUGUCUAGUUUAAAGGGAUCCUCGGCAUCUUAUACAACAGAAGUCAACGUUGAAGAGUUUUCUGGCAUUAAGAAAAGAGUAAAACUGACAGGGAAGGGAAAUGAUUGUCAGAUGUCAAAUAAUUCCACAUUCCAAAAACUUCCGGUACCCAGGAAUUCUGGAUUAGAAACAGAACUGCAGAAAGUAGCUUCUGCAAUACAUGAAUCAGCCCUGGAUGCAAAUGACUUGAUAGAUGUAGAGAGUGACGAUACAGAUGAAACUCUCACUUCGCUUCUCAAUGAAAUUGCAUUUCUCAAUCAGCAGUUGAAUGACGAUGUCUCUGACAUGGCUGACCUUCCAAAUUCCUUAAGUUCUGGCUUUUCUCUAAAAGAUAUGGAAAGUCGUCAGGAAUUAGCAACUGGAGGUGCUUCUUCUUUUCAAUUUGGUGCAGUGGAUAGGAGCUUUAAAGACCCUUCUGGCGUCCGAGAGAGUUCUGGUUCCAUAACUCCUCUCUUGCUUCACUUGAGUGAUGAUGAUCUACCUGAAGGUAACAGGAACUCAGGAGGGGCUUCAGUUCAGUCUGACACUUUGAUCAUGUUAGGAUCUGAAGUAAAGAACUCACAUCCUGACCUAAGAACAGAAAAUAGAGAUGGAAGUAGGAAAAAUGUGGGAUCCCUGACAAGGACGAGAAGUGUGUCACCUCCCAUUCUGCAGAUGAAAACUAACCUAGAUGCGUCCACCUCAGACAUGGCAUGGAGACCCAUGCCCAAAUUGGCACCACUUGGCUUAAAAACUGUUACCUUUUCAUUAGAUUCUGAAGGACACAACACCAAGACGAUGCCUUUGUUGGCACCUGUUUCUGCGAAAGAGAUGAAAACCACAGAACCAAUGAGUGGUCCAAAUCUGGAUCCUAAAGCAGUGCUCAUGUUAACCUCUGCAGCUAAAAAAUCAAAAUAGUAUUGUGGCAUACCUUUCCAUGCUUUUGUUAAUUUGUUUUGUAUUUAUUAGGACCUUUCGCAAUUAGUCUAGAUUAUUGAGCAUGUGGUGUACUCCAGCAUCCAUCUUUACAUGUGCAUAUAUUAUAACGUGUCCAUGUGAUUUAGAAGGCUGGGUGAAUAUUUGACUUCGACCUAGAAUAUCAAAAGAAAUGAGGAAGACACUAGCCAGAAAAUUACAAGGAUGCCCACUUUGGCUGUAAAUUCGUAGCACUCUUACAAAAAAUAUUUUAACAUGGUUUAGAAGAGCGAAUUGCCUUUUAGCAUGCCAGAGACAAUUCUAGUGAUAAAACAAUUGCUUAGCUCAUAUCCAAGAGAGAUUUUUGAAAGAUAGGAAAGUUGUCUUCGCUCUCCUUCUUUUUGUCUGACACAGUCACAUGAAGUAUGUUAUAAAAUUAAUUUUAAACAUGUUUUUAGCAUUUCAGAAAAUAUUCAGGAAUGUAAAUUAUUUGUAUGCAUAAUUCUUUCCAUAUUAUGAAUUCAGAAGCUCAAAAUAAGGCAGUUGAUGAGAUAUAUUUUGCUCUUGUAUAAUGUGCGUUAAUUAAAUAGUUUGAAGGUAAUCUUUUCACUUUUGAGCUGAUAAAUGUGAAGGGAAUUUCAAACUAUAAAACACUUUAUAUUUUUGUACAGAAUUUUCUUGUAAAUAUGUAAAGUAAUGAAACUUUCCAUCAAUGGAAAAAGGUGUGUGUGUGUGUGUGUGUGUGUGUGUGUGUGUGUGAAUGAUGUUACAAAAAAGAAUGCUUGUGAAACAUCCUAGUGAUCUGGUCAAUCACUGUUACAUGAUGUCUGAAAAUUGCUGCACUUCAUUUCAUUAUAGUAAGAUUUUUUCUAGGUUGUAUGAAGAAUGUAGACCUCCAUUCUUGUUUAGCAGAAAAUAUUAAGCUUCUCACCCCUUGUUCUGACUCAGUCAUAUUAGAAAUGCCUAUUUCCUGUGCCUAGGACUGAGAGAGGUACUGAACUUUUAAAUACGGAAACAGCCCUUCAGUUCCAUAGUGUUCAUGAAAGCCCCACUCAUUCCAACUGUGUGUAAGGGCCUUUCCACACAGCCCUAUAUCCCAGAAUAUCAAGGCAGAAAAUCCCACAACAUCUGCUUUGAACUGGGUUAUCCGAGUCCACACUCAGAUAAUGUGGGAUUUGCUGCCUUGAUAUUCUGGGAUAUAGGGCUUUGUGGAAGGGCCCUAAGUUGUCUAUAUUUAAAUGAAAUUACAUGUGAUAAGUACAGAGAUUAUACAGUGUAUUGCAUUAAUUCAAAGUAUAUAUGGCACUAACAGGAUUUUUAGCCCAUGCAGUUUUUACAUAAAGUUACAAGAAGUAUUUGGAGUCCCUCUGGUAGCAUUAUAUUCGUCUCCCCAAAAUCACUGUGUUUGUAGUUCUGCCCUCCACCUUUAAAAUCUUUGACUUCAUAAUUCUAUAAAGUACUGAAAAGAAUGUACAACAAAAUACAAAAUCCACAAAGCAGUCAUACCUAUUUUGGGCCAACUUCAAGGCAUAAAAUAAAUUAUGCAAACUUAUUGGCUUCAUCAUAAUAAAAAUCAUACAGGGGAAAAAAGUUGAUAGUGUUAAGAGCUGCAGUGAUUAAAAAAAACAAACAUGUUUUACUCUGCCACUAGAGACAUUUUCUUGUGCAUUUAAAUUUCAUGUAUUGAGUUUCCACUGCUUCACAAUAUCUAUUCAGUGCCUUAGGAUUUGGAAAGGAAACUAUUUUUAAAAAAUCAAAACUAAAUUCUGGUACAAGUGUCACAUUGAAUUGCUUUAGUAUAUUAAAAAUGAUGCUGUGUAUUUCUCUACAAGAUAAUUUAGGCAGCUAAUUCCCCUUCUUUAUUACAGUUAAACUGUCAGUACGCUACAAGCUUUAAAAAAAAGUUUCUGUAUAUUGUUUCUUCACUGCCUUGUGGUUAUAAUUUGCUUCAACUCAUCUGCAAAAUUGAAAAUAAUUACCAGGAGUCUAGCAAAGAGAUUCACUAUUAAAGACAACUUUUAACAAGUCAUUAUGUGUUCUGAAAGGUUGUGUGCUUUGUAACAUAACAAUGCACAGUGAAUAAUUGGGAGGAAAUGUUCUUUAUAAUUUUGUUUAUAAUGCUUUUCAUCUUACUGAAUCCUUUUCUUCUUACUACCUUUUCCCAUAUAGUCAAACUUUUCGUUCAUCACUUGAAUACUCAGUUUUAAUGUUUUUAGAAAUGCAAAAAAACUUCAAGCUAUAUUGUUUCAAAGGUAAUAUUGAAAAUUAAGUAUAUGCUGUUACAAAUAACAGUGCAAGACAAUGGAUUUUUAGUGGAAGACUUUGUAAUAAAAUGAUCAAUCAACACCCCUGUAGUGGGCAUACUUUCAUUUGACCAAGACUGGAUAUUUGAUUUUUUAAAUACAUCUUUAAAUAAACUGAAAUGUUUUUAAGAAUAUAGCAAAAUGUCAGAUCCUGUUUUUACUCUAUAUUCUGCCUUUUCUGUAUCUUCUAAAAAACUGGUAUUUUUGUAUAAAUUAAUCUAUGUGAGGCUGAGUCUGUAAAAUUAAAAUGGUCUUCAAAGCA